AUACCCUCAUGGAUAUGGAUAGCAUUGAGGGGUUGAAUGAAGUGCGUCCUGCUGUGUAUCGCACUGCAAUGAAGCUCCGCUCCUUACAGAAACUCUGCCAUAUGCAUGUUGUGACACUGCGGGAGCUCAUCCCAGCCCUGUGCUCUCUGGGCGGAGCCCGGGACACUGGGGCGGGGCUUAGUGAACAGGAAGUGAGACAGUGCAUAAACAGGAUGUUCCAAAGCGUGUCACAGGAAGUACCUGGGCAGGUGUCGGCAGAGGCGCCAGAACAGACUUGCAGACUGCUGUACAGACUGUUUGACCGGGGACAGACUGGCGCUGUCUGUCGCAGGUCAGUUGAAGCCGCUCUCAUCUCUCUCUCAGCAGACACACUCUCAGCCAAACAUAAAGCUCUGGUUCGUCUGGCAGAGAGGUGCAGUGGGAGAGAG